AUGCCACGACGAGACGACUCGGCUAUGCUUCAAGAACAAUGGCUAUUGCAAUGUAUUAUACCAUCAGCUCUAGAACGACUCCAAUGCCAACUCCAGAAUAGCUUGAGCAUUUUAUCCAAGAACAACACUAAAGCCGAUUCUCUACCGCUUUCCUCCGCACAGAAUGAGUCGUUGAAAGGGUACAUCACUUUACAAGGUGCACACAUUUCAAAAGCCGAGUUAUCGGUUCGAUUGAGCAAUGGAUCCCAUCAGGAUAUGCAGCUAAAGGCCAGCAUUACCUCAGCCAUGCCCUACUUUUUGGAGCAGAUUCAACAAGGUGCCAAUUAUCUGAUGCUUGCUGCAGAACGUAUGGCAACGGUGGACCAACAUGAUCAUGCACUGGUUACCACAGUCGAGCUGUUGGAGGAUGUAUGUCAAUAUGUCGAUCGUGCCGAAUUAGCAUUCGAGUAUCCCAACGAGACUGAAUUGUUUCCCUACAAAGUAUGCCAUCCCAAGUAUUUCACGCCAUCCUUGCGAGAAGACGUUGUGAUCGAAUUUUGCGUUCAAGAUGUUUACAUUGUUUGCAACACCUUUGCCCUUGAUUUUCGUAACAAGUUUGCAGCAACCAACGAUACUCAUACUUGCGUCAUGUACAAGGAUAAAAACGCCUGGAUCAUGGAUCAAUGCCGGACUCAAACACAAUCACCCAUGUUGACAGAGCUCAAAGCAUGUCUCCGCUCCAUCCGUGCUAUAUGUCAAACCUAUCGUCAAAUGCUUCUUCAAGUCGAUGGUUAA